CUGGUGUGGUUUAGUUUACUGGUGUAGUUUAUUGGUGUAGUUUAUUGGUGUAGUUAAGUUUAUUGGUGUAGUUUAGUUUCUGGUGUAGUAGUUGAUUUUACUUCACCUCAUGUGAAAAUAUCUGAACCAGCCCUUUAAUACUCCAUUAGUUAGAGAGAGAUGUGUGUGUGUGUCUCGUCUCGUUCAUUUCUUCCUGAACAUUCUCUACUUCUCUGCUGAACUUUUUAAUUGAAAAAGAAGUUGGACUAAAUGCCAAGUGACACACACACACUCACACACACACACACACACACACACACACUCACACUCAAACACAGACACACACACAGACACACUCACACAGCUUUCUGGCCCAUUAGCUCACAGAUCACUAUGGCGACCAAAGUCGACCUCCAGAAUACUGAUGAGGGUUCAGACUGAAGUCCUCUGUGUACUGUACACAGUACUACUGCAGUACUCCUGUGUACAGUAGUACACAGGCAGAAUACAGUACUACUGCAGUACAGUUCAUGUACAGCAGAUAGAUAUAUAUUCAGAAGAACAAAAACGUGAUCAUCAGAAAUCUGAGAAGUUUGUUCAUAUAAAUACAAUAAACACAUCAAAUAUAACAAAGAUUUACAAUAGAAAAUAUGAAAAAUACAUAAAAGUACAUGUGGUAUUACAGUGGCAGCCUGUACAGUUAUUCAAGUACAAUAUGUACUUGUACUUCCUCCAUGUAGGAUUUCUGGAAAGAGACGGAUGUUGAAACAGUUUAGAUUUUUAGAGUGAACUGUCCCUUUAAAAAAAAACUCUGUUUCUAUUUGAGUACCAUGGUAUUGUAGUAUUAGUACUGUGUGUGUAUGUGUCUGUGUCUGUGUGUGUGUGUGUGGUUGCGUAGCGACGCUGAAUGCACAGAUUGGCUGUAACAUCUGUCACACUGAACGCUCUGUCUGAACUUCUGUUAUUAAAAUACUACAGUUACACAAGUACAUGUAUGAGGUAGUACUACUACUUCACUCCAGUAUUCCUCUAACGCUACAUUUAUCUGAUUUAUUAAGUUUGAAAACCUUCAUCUCACAAAGUACUAGGAGAGAGGAAGCAACAGAGGUGGGAGGAGACGAGGAGGGGCAAAGGAAACAGUAGGGAGGGAGGAAGAAGGCAAGGAAGGAAGGAGACAAGAAGAGAUGGUGAAAGUGAGACAGAUUGAUGAAGAUGACGGAGGAGGAGGAGGAAAAGAGAUGAUGAAGGAAGUGUAGAGGAAUAAAGAGAUGAGGAGAGGAAGUGAGGGAACAAACUGAGGAGAGAUGGAUAAAGAGGACGAUGAUGAUAAUGAUAAUGAUGAUGCUGACUCUGAUGAUGAAGAUGAUGAUGCCUGAUGAAGAUGCUCUCUCUGUGUUUAGGACUCAGCGGGGGGGCCGACACCACCGACUGUCUGUACUACAACGUGAACUUUGAGCUGGAGCGGACCAAUCAGAGCGGAGUGGAGCGCUGUGAAGGAGAGCAGGAGAAACGCUCCCACUGCUACGCCUCCUGGAGGAACAUCUCAGGCUCCGUGGAGCUGGUGAAGAAGGGCUGCUGGCUGGACGACUUCAACUGCUACGACCGACAGGACUGUGUCGCCACAGAAGAAAGUCCUCAGGUCUUCUUCUGCUGCUGUGAAGGAAACUUCUGCAACGAGAAGUUCACACACCUGCCGGAUGUCACGGGACCUCUGAUCAAAGCUCCGCCCCCUGGCCUGUUGAACGUGAUGGUUUACUGCCUGCUGCCCUUCGUCAUGCUGUCUGUGGUUCUGCUCACCGCCAUCUGGAUGUACCGGCACCGGAAACCUCCGUACGGACACGUGGACCUUGCUGAGCAUCCUGGUCCUCCCCACUCCUCCCCCCUGCUACGUCUCAAACCUCUGCAGCUGCUGGAGGUGAAGGCCCGAGGACGCUUCGGCUGUGUCUGGAAGGCUCAGAUGAUCAACGAAUACGUGGCCGUCAAGAUCUUCCCCAUCCAGAACAAGGACUCGUGGGUGAACGAGACCGACGUCUUCAUCACACCGGGGAUGAGGCACGAGAACAUCUUGAGGUUCAUCGGUGCAGAGAAACGAGGGAGUCACCUGGAGGCCGAACUGUGGCUCAUGACCGAGUUCCACGAGAGGGGCUCCCUGUCUGACUUCCUGAAGGGGAACAUCGUCAGCUGGUCAGAGUUGUGUCACGUCUCUGAGUCGAUGGCGUGCGGCCUGUCUUACCUUCAUGAGGACGUCCCCCGUCUGAAGGGAGGGGGGGCCAAACCGGCCAUCGCCCACAGGGACUUUAAGAGUAAGAACAUCAUGCUGCGUUCAGACCUCACCGCCGUCAUCGGAGACUUCGGCCUCGCUGUUCGCUUUGCUCCGGGAGAACCACCUGGAGAGACUCACGGACAGGUGGGGACCAGACGCUACAUGGCUCCAGAGGUUCUAGAAGGAGCCAUCAACUUCCAGAGAGACUCCUUCCUGAGGAUCGACAUGUACGCUCUGGGUCUGGUGCUGUGGGAGCUGGUGACUCGCUGCAGGGCUGUGGACG